AUGGCCUCCCAAUCAAACCCCCAAGGCACUUCCGGCCCAGAAUCAUCCUUUACAAUCCACUACUUCGCCGCGGCAUCCCAAUACACCGCCAAGAACACUGAGCGGCUGCCCGCGCCAACCACAUUCUCGCAUCUAUUCCCCCUCCUGGAAGAGCGCUACUCCGGCAUCCGGGAUGCUAUUCUCCGCAGCUCCGGCGUCAGUGUUGACGGCGAGUAUGUUGAUCUUGACGAUGAGCCGACACGCUUGAUUCAGCCCGGGGCGGAGGUUGCUAUCAUCCCACCCGUCAGCUCGGGAUGA